AUGGCCAGGACAUACCCUUUGCUCGCUGCGAGUGAAAUCGCAAAGCACAACAGUGAAAAGGACUGCUGGGUUACUCUCUACAACAGAAAAGUCUAUAAUGUGACCGGCUUCCUUGAUGAGCACCCAGCUGGCGCUGAUAUUGUGUUGCCUUAUGCUGGAAAGGAUGUGACUGAAAUUAUGGCCGAUACUAUUUCUCACGAACAUUCGGAAAGUGCUUAUGAAAUGCUCGAUGAUGAUAUGUUGGUGGGCUACAUGGCCACGGAUGAGGAGGAACGUGAGUUGGUCAACAACAAGAAGAAGGUUCCUGUGGAUGUGAGAUUUACCGAGGAAGCUCAGGCUGAAAUCGACUUGUACGAGUUCCAUGACGAGUUGCCUGCUCUCGAGCUGUUGUCUGUUCAAACAGAUUUCGAUGACGAUGCUAAGAAGCACAAGUUCCUUGACUUGAAGAAGCCUUUGAUCCCGCAGAUGCUUCGAAGCACAUUCUCAAAAGAGUUCUACUUGGAUCAAGUUCACCGUCCUAGACAUUUCGGUAAGGGAUCCGCCCCUCUUUUUGGUAACUUCUUGGAACCUCUUUCCUUGACCCCAUGGUGGGUUGUGCCUUUGGUUUGGCUUCCUCCAAACUUGGUUCUUUUCUACAUUGGUUUCGUUAACCAGAACAAGAUUACAGCUUUGAGUUUAUGGGUGAUGGGUUUGUUCGUCUGGACAUUUGUUGAGUACUGUUUGCAUAGAUUUUUGUUCCACUUGGAUCAAUACUUGCCUGAUAACAAGUACUGCUUGACCCUUCAUUUCCUUUUGCACGGUGUCCACCACUACUUGCCUAUGGACAGAUACAGAUUGGUCUUGCCUCCAACCAUGUUUGUCAUUUUGGCAUAUCCAUUCUAUCGCCUCGUUUUCAAGCUCUUCCCCUUCUACAUGGCUUGCUCUGGUUUCGCAGGUGGUACCUUGGGAUACAUCAUGUACGAUGUGACGCAUUACGUGUUGCACCACACCAAUUUGCCUAAGUUCUUCCAGGACUUGAAGACAUACCACUUGGAACACCACUACAAGAACUAUGAAAUGGGUUUCGGAGUUACCAGCAGAUUUUGGGACGUCAUCUUUGACACCGAAAUCACCUCUACUUUCCAAAAGAGAUCAUAG